GGAAGUGGGAGCAGGGGGGCCGCAUGGUCCAGCCCUCGCUGUGUCCGCAGCCCUCCCGCCCCCGGGGGCAUUGUCCCCCCACCAUGUCGCAGGUGACCGCGGAGGGGGAGCGCGCCCAGAGUCACUUGGGCAGAGAGAAUCCCCAACCAACACUCUCACAGCUUGCUUUCCCCCAAACCUUGGCUGGAUGGAUGAGCAGGAGGCCGUGAGGAAGAGGAAAAUGCGCCAAGAGCCCCAGGCAGAAAAGGAGCUGAGGCUGGAGACCAGGGAGGACAAGUCCCCACAGCAGAACCUCGUGGAAGAGGCCGUUUUGAGCAGCUCCAUGGCACAGGAAUCCAGUGGGGAGGAAAAGCCCAGGAGGAGGGGCUGCAAACGCAGAUCUGAGGAGGAAAGACCCACCCUGGGCCAGGGAGGCAGCCAGAGCUCAGAGCUGGGGAUCCAUGAGCAGCUUCAUGAUGGGGAGAAGCUCCACAAGUGCUCAGAAUGUGAGAAGAGCUUCAGGUGGAGAUCCUACCUCCUGGCCCACCUUCGUGUGCACACAGGCGAGCGGCCCUAUGAGUGUGGGGAAUGUGGGAAGAGGUACCGGCACGGCUCCCACCUCCUCCACCACCAGCGGGUGCACAUGGGCAUACGGCCCUAUAAGUGUUUGGAAUGUGAGAAGAGCUUCAGCAAGAAUUCCCACCUGCUCUCGCACCAGAAGAUCCACACGGGGGAACACAAACACCCCUACAACUGUGGGGAAUGUGGGAAGAGCUUCAGAGACAGCUCCACCCUCCUCACCCACCUGCGCGUGCACACCGGGGAACGGCCCUACACGUGCUUUGAAUGUGGGAAGAGCUUCAGUGUUCGGUGCAGUCUGACCUCCCACCAGAAGAUCCACACUGGGGAAUGGCCCUACGAGUGUUCUGAGUGUGGGAAAAAGGCUCGGAGCACUUCGGAUCUCCUCAAGCACCAGCGCACACACACAGGGGAGAGGCCCUUCCGCUGCCCCGACUGCGGGAAGGGCUUCACCCGCAACUUCAGCCUCCUCACCCACCGGCACAUCCACAGCCGGGAGAGUCCCUUCAAGUGUCCCGAGUGUGGGAGGAGCUUCUCCAGGAGCUCUCACUUGACCAAACACCAACAGAGCCACCGGUAAGGGAAGCCCUGUGAGGGCCCUGACUGCAGGAAGAGCUUUGUCUGCUGCUCCAACUCCAUCCCCCAUCAGAAGAUCCCCUUUGGGCAGAGCCCUGGUGACCCACAUUCCCAGUGAUCCAUGUUGGGAAUACAGCUGGCUGGUGCUCUCUGUGCCCUCCUGGAUCCCCAUGGGUACCUGGAUGAAUGCAGGGGCAGGAACAGGAGCAUCCAUCAGGACAGAGACUAACAUCAGGAAUUCAUUGGGAAGAGGAGAUUUGUUGACUUUAAACUCCACAAAGUCUCA